UUGGCGUCUUCACCAGCCUGAACUGUCAGCACAUGAGAAUGAAAGAGCCAAUGAUUUGAACAGUACAACGGCUCCUCUAUCUCUGCAAGUUUUCUUCUACUCUCAAUUUCAAAGGAAGAGAGAGUCUAUCGACCUCGACUGAAUUGUGAUUCGAAUUAGAGGAAGCAAAUGGAAGACGUAAAAAUCUUUGCUGACACGGCAAGAAAGGUUCUGCAAGUGAUAUCAGAAAUGAAAGAUCAGAACGUCAAUUUCGGUGAAGGUCUUAAAAGGCUAGAAGAUACUCUCAAACAAGUGGUUCCUCUGUUUGAAGAAGGGAGGAUAUUGGAUUUAGAGUCAAACGAUCGUAAGCAAAAGGGACUCGAGAUAUUGAUUGAGAAGUUGAGAAAAGGAGAAGAGCUCCUCCAAAAAUGUUGCAAGGUCGAGUCUUGGAACAUAUGCCUGAAGAACCGUUACUCUAGAAUGAUCAUCAAUUUGGAUGAAGCUAUUCGUAGGUUCUGCCAGCGGGAGUUACAGGUCGAAAUCCGGCGCCAAAAGAAACAGAAACAGCGCGAUAGGAAUAGGGAUAGGGAAAAGUUCCAAGAAUUGCUACUGAGGAGGGAAGGAAUGGCUCUGCAGCAGGCACUGAAUGUGGGUUUGUUUGCUAUUCCUGAACUCCCAGAUAGUGUUGUUGGAUUCGGUAUACCUCUCAAAGAAUUGAAGAUUGAAUUGUUCAAAGAAAAUGUGACGGUGCUUGGACUAUGUGCUCCAGGAGGAUGUGGGAAGUCUACAUUAGCUGCCAUGCUUUGCCAAGACGAGCAAGUUAGAGGAAUAUUCAAGGAUAAAAUAUUCUUUGUAAAUGUUUCAGAGAAUCCCACUACCUCAAAGGUCUUAAAGAGACUUCUUGAAGAGAUUGGUGGUGGGAUGCCUGGGUCCAAUUUGAUUGAAGAAGAUGCAAGUGACCAAUUUCAAUUCCUUCGGAGGCAGAGAGACUCUGAGCCAAUGUUGUUGGUUCUGGAUAAUGUUUGGCACGAAUCAAUUAUUGAAAUGUUUCUCCCCAGAACACAAGGAUAUAAGAUGCUGGUUACAUCAAGAGAAAUAUUUGGAACAUAUGAUUCUAAAUAUAUUUUGAAGACACUCAGUCACCAAGAUUCCAUGACCCUCUUUUGUCAAACAGCACUGUCUCAAGGUGUGAAUGAGGCCUAUGAGCCAGAUAAGGAUAUUCUCAAUGAGAUAGUAAGAUACUGCGAUGGUUUCCCACUCACUAUUAUGUUGAUUGCCAAUUCGUUGUCCCAGCAGCCCGCAAUGAAUUGGAGAAACAUGGCUCGGAAACUGUCAAAAGGUUCCUCCAUUCUUGAUUUUGAUGAGAAAUUGAGGAAAUAUCUUGCAAGUAACUUGGAUUCCUUGGGUGAUACACUUCGAGAGUUUUUUCUUGACUUGGGUUCCUUUCCCAAAGACGAAAUAAUCCCUGCCUCUCUUCUGAUCGAUAUUUGGUGUGAGCUCUAUGAACUAGAAAGCGAAGAUGCCUAUGUUAAUCUUCUCAAUCUUGCCUCUCGAAAUCUUGUAAAUUUGGUUGGGAGCUGGAAAAUUGCAAUGGAGAUUGAUGCUAACUUCAAUGAGCUAUUUGUUAGCCAACAUGAUUUAUUCCGAGACUUGGCUAUCUACAUGAACCGGCAGGAGAGGAAAAGACUUAUCAUGGACAGAAGAGAAAUAGGCCUCCCCAAGAGCUGGAGAAAACAAGAGAACCACCAUCUCAAUACUCGUCUUGUUUCUCUCUGCACAGGUGAAAUGUGUUCAGAAAGCUGGUAUGAUUUGCAACUUCCAGAAGCUGAGGUGCUGAUUCUGAAUUUCUCUGCAUGUAACUAUGCCUUACCCCUCUUCAUGCGGAAGAUGAGGAAGCUAAAGGUUCUUAUCAUUGUAAACUGUGGAUGGACCCAUGCCAAGCUAAGCAAUUUGAAAACAGUUACUGAAAUGGCUAAUCUAAAGAGGAUCAGGUUGGAGAACGUCUCUAUUCCUUCCCUUCGUGAAUUCACAAUGCCAUUGAUGAAUUUGCAGAAGAUAUCUUUAGUUAUGUGUGCUUUUGGCCAAGCUUUGAGGAAAUUCACCAUCAAUGUAUCCUCUGUGUUACCUAAUCUUGUUGAGGUUGACAUCAGUUUCUGCCAUGAUCUGGUGGAACUGCCUCCUUGGAUCUGCGAUAUCAUCAAUUUACGGACACUCAGCAUUACUUACUGUGAUAACUUAUCUGCACUACCUGAGAGAAUUGGAUUUAUAAGAGAUUUAGAGCUGUUAAGGCUGCGUGCAUGUACUGGACUACUUGAGUUACCAGACUCGAUAUUUAAACUCCGGAAGCUGAGGUUCCUUGAUAUAUCUGAUUGUUGUGACUUAAAAAUGCUGCCUGACCUGAUGGGUGAGUUGCAUUGUUUGAAAAAGCUUGACAUGGGAGGUUGCUUAGACUUGAGGACAUUGCCACCUUCAACCAUGAAUCUUGUCCAUUUAAAGGAAGUGAUCUGUGAUGAAGAAGCAGCUAGUCUUUGGGAACCUCUAUCAUCUAGAAUGAAAAUAACUUUUUUGCGUAAAGAGCACAACUUGGAUUGGUUAGGGGUUGAUAUAGGACACCUAUCUUGACUGAAGACUAGAGGGGCAAAGGGAGGAGAAAGGGUUAAAAGAAGAACUGCAGUCAAUAGGAGGAAUAAAUUAUGGGCUUGUACCAUGUUUUUCUGGAUAUUUUUGUUUCACUCUUUUGUCCAUUGCAGUUUCUUCUCUACAAUAAUGUGUUCUCUCAUAUUGCACAAUUA